GACCCCCUCGGGAGGCACCGAAUUCCGUCGGCUCGUUUCCGGCGGUCGCGCGCUCUUUUCUCGGGACGGUGGAGGCCGUGCGGCGUCGCCGUUACUCUGAGCAAAGAACUGUGGGCCGAGGAAGUCGAGGUUAGAGAGGACUGGGAGACAGACACUUUUCUGUGUUCAAAUCAAAGUCAAGGGUGCAGAAAUGCAGAGCAAUAAAGCCUUUAACCUGGAGAAGCAGAACCAUACUCCCAGGAAGCACCAUCAGCAUCACCAUCAGCAGCACCAGCCGCAGCCGCAGCAACAGCAACAGCAGCCGCCCCCUCCAAUGCCUGCCAACGGCCAGCAGGCCAGCAGCCAGAAUGAAGGCUUGACUAUUGACCUAAAGAAUUUUAGGAAACCAGGAGAGAAGACCUUCACCCAACGUAGCCGUCUCUUUGUGGGCAAUCUUCCCCCUGACAUCACUGAGGAGGAAAUGAGGAAACUUUUUGAGAAGUAUGGGAAAGCAGGAGAAGUUUUCAUUCAUAAGGAUAAAGGCUUUGGCUUCAUUCGCUUGGAAACACGAACCCUAGCAGAAAUUGCCAAAGUGGAGCUGGACAAUAUGCCACUCCGUGGAAAGCAGCUGCGCGUGCGCUUUGCUUGUCAUAGUGCAUCCCUUACAGUCCGCAAUCUUCCUCAGUAUGUGUCCAACGAACUGCUGGAAGAAGCCUUUUCCGUGUUUGGCCAGGUGGAGAGAGCUGUGGUCAUUGUAGAUGACCGAGGAAGGCCCUCUGGGAAAGGCAUUGUUGAGUUCUCAGGGAAGCCAGCUGCUCGGAAAGCUCUGGACAGAUGCAGUGAAGGGUCCUUCUUGCUAACCACAUUUCCUCGGCCUGUGACUGUGGAGCCUAUGGACCAGUUAGAUGAUGAAGAGGGACUUCCAGAGAAGCUGGUUAUAAAAAACCAGCAAUUUCACAAGGAGCGAGAACAGCCACCCAGAUUUGCACAGCCCGGGUCCUUUGAAUAUGAGUAUGCCAUGCGCUGGAAGGCACUCAUUGAGAUGGAGAAGCAACAGCAGGAUCAAGUGGACCGUAACAUCAAGGAGGCUCGUGAGAAGCUGGAAAUGGAGAUGGAGGCGGCACGCCAUGAGCACCAGGUUAUGCUAAUGAGGCAGGAUUUGAUGAGGCGUCAAGAAGAGCUCCGGAGAAUGGAGGAGCUGCAUAACCAAGAGGUUCAGAAACGAAAGCAGCUAGAGCUCCGGCAGGAAGAGGAGCGCAGGCGCCGUGAGGAAGAAAUGCGGCGACAACAAGAAGAAAUGAUGCGACGACAGCAGGAAGGAUUCAAGGGAACCUUCCCUGAUGCGAGAGAACAAGAGAUAAGGAUGGGCCAAAUGGCCAUGGGAGGUGCUAUGGGCAUGAACAAUAGAGGCGCCAUGCCCCCUGCUCCUGUGCCAACUGGUACUCCAGCUCCUCCAGGACCUGCCACUAUGAUGCCAGAUGGAACCCUGGGAUUGACCCCUCCAACAACUGAACGUUUCGGCCAAGCUGCUACAAUGGAAGGAAUUGGAGCAAUUGGUGGAACUCCUCCUGCAUUCAACCGUCCAGCUCCAGGAGCUGAAUUUGCUCCAAAUAAACGCCGCCGUUAUUAAAUAAAGUUGCAGUGUCUAGUUUCCCGCAACCCUUAAAAGAAGAGCCCUUUUUGGACUAGCCAGAAUUCUACCCUGGAAAAGUGUUAGGGAUUCUUCCCAAUAGAUAGGUCUUCCCUGCCUGUACCACUCUAGGGAGUAUGCUUGGAGGCAGAGGGCAAGGGAGGGGUGGUAUUUUUAACAAAUCAAAGUCUGGUAUAUUACUUUAUCAAGUCUGUCUGGAGCAUUCCUGAAGUGUACUGGUUGUUGGAGGGCCUGGAGAACCAUAGGAAAAUGGACUCAGAACUCCAUUAAUCUUGAUCAUUCCUAUUUCCUUCCUUCCUUU